GCUUCAAACUUCAAAGAUCGAAUCCUCGCAAAAAUCUGUCUUAUUUAUUUAGCUGCAAAACAGGAGAUAUACAACUAGGCCGGGAAAGAAUGGUGGAUGACAAAAAUGCUAGUACCAUCAAUCCCUUGCUCCAGCCAGUAAUAUUGGUGGGGCAUGGAGGUCAUAUUGUUGAUGAGGAGGGCACCGAUAGUGAGAGGCCAAAAGAACCAUGGAAAAAAGAGUACGCGAAGAGCAUUGUUUAUGCUGGUUUGGAUGCAAUUGUCACUUCCUUUUCUCUCAUCUCCUCCAUCUCUGGUGGCCACCUCUCUUCCGGAUUUUCAAAUCUUGUAGCUGAUGGGAUAUCGAUGGGAUUUGGGGAUUUCAUUUCAACCAGUACCGAGAGGGACAUGGCUGCAAACGAGAGGUCGGUGACCGAGUGGGAAGUAGCCAAUCACGGAAGGCCGCAAGAGCAAGAAUUGCUCCAAAAAUACCAAGACCUAGGGAUGACUCCUAGUGACGCAACGACGGUGGUGAGCGUAUUAGCCAAGUACAGGGACGUAAUGGUCCAUGAAAAACAGAUGUUACCGCCGGACCAAACAGAGAAGCCAUGGAAAAGUGGCUUGGUCACUUUUGCAGCUUUUAUCGUGUUUGGCUGUGCGCCGCUCCUAGCUUUUAUUAUCCUCAUUCCAUUCACGAAGAAUGAUGCUCACAAGUUUGUCGGUGCCUGUGUUUUUUCUAGGAAUUAG